AAUAGUACACGCUUCCCCUCAACGAUGUUCAAUCGUCCGAGGGCCGAAGUCUCCACACGUUUAAUCAUCCAGUCAGAUGAUCCAGCUGUUGUAUCAGACCGGUUCACGCGCUCGGGGCGAUUGUAAGGACUUUCAAGCAAUGCUAAUGUUAACUUAGCGUUAAAGUAGCCCGAGUUUGAUCGCAGUUAUGAGGUAUGAGGCAUCAAAUAAACAGAUAGACGGAUGGAUAGAUGAACUCUACGCGGUUUAAUUUUGGCGAGUGAUCGGACGGAUCACCGGCGUGCUGAACGGAUUCAGUCUGAUCUAUGCAGGUCUGAGAUGGAUAACGUCAUACGUCCCUCCAGGGGGGCACGACCUCAACCAAUUUCCUGGCUGCAGGUUUUGUUUUUGAUGCACGUCUGGACCUGUUUACAAGCUCAGGUAUUGAAAACCACUCGAUGGCCACUGUAUUCGGGCAAGCCUCUGCUGUUGGCUUGGAACGCCCCCACUGAAGACUGCAGACCUCGCCACAAUAUCAACUUCCAGCUCAACCAGUUUCAGAUCGUGGCAUCUCCGAACGAGGGGUUUACCGGGCAAAAUCUCACCAUCUUCUAUAAGGACCGUUUGGGCUUGUACCCUUAUUACAAAGCGGAUGGCACUGCAGUCAACGGCGGGCUUCCGCAGGUCGCCAGCAUUAUGCAGCAUGUACAAAAAAUGCCGGAUGGCGUCAAAAAAUACAUCAAGGACUCCAAAGGCCUCGCCGUGAUUGACUGGGAGGAGUGGCGGCCCCUCUGGAUACGUAACUGGGGCUCUAAAGUAAUUUACCGUGACAACUCUCAACGCUUAGUUUCCGAGAAAAACCCAACAUGGCUCCAGGAUCAGGUGACCAAAGUGGCCCAGCAGGAGUUCGAGCUCUCGGCCAGUAAAUUCAUGUUGGACACUCUCAGGGAGGCCAAGAGACUGCGGCCCCAUCAGCUCUGGGGGUACUAUCUAUUUCCUGACUGCUACAACCACAAUUACCAAACCAACCUGACAAAUUACAUGGGACACUGUCCAGAUGUGGAGGUAAAGAGAAACAAUGAGCUCAAGUGGCUCUGGAUGGAGAGCACAGCUCUCUAUCCGUCUAUAUACAUGGGGAAGAUGCUGAAGGACAAGGUGUCCGGAAAGCAAUUCGUACGGAACCGGGUCAAAGAGGGAAUGAGACUGGCGUCUGUUGGGGACGGUGCGGCCAGGCCCGUGUUUGUCUACACGCGGCCCACUUACGGAAGCCCCACUCCUCCUAGUAACCCCUCUGAAGUUCUGCUGCUGUCAGAGAUGGAUUUGGUGUCUUCUAUCGGCGAGAGUGUGGCAUUGGGUGUCGCCGGCGUUAUCUUUUGGGGUGAUUCCACGUAUGCCAGCAGUCGUGAAAGCUGUUAUACACUUAACGAAUACCUGCGAGGGCCGCUGGGUCAGUACCUCCUCAACGUCACAACGGCCGCAGAGCAGUGCAGCCGGGAACUCUGCAACUUUCGCGGACGCUGUCUUCGCAAACAACAGGACACGGACACGUACCUCCAUCUGAGCCCGAGCACCCACAGCAUAGUGCGCCAGGGGAACGAUCUGAAAGUCUCAGGGCAGAUGGACACAGAAGAGCGCAACCGCUUACGAAAAGAGUUCCAGUGUCAGUGUUACAAUGGGUACGUGGGGGAGAACUGUGGCCAGAGUGAAAUGAGAAACAGGGCGAUGGUGUUUAGGACCACCUAUGUGCAGAUUCUUCUUCUACCGCUGGUACUGUUGGGGUUCCUACAGUGAGGUGCGGAGAACUACUAUGAGGAUACACCUGACCUUCUCUUCGGUAAAUGGGCUAGGUCCCCAGGAGACGGAAGACUUUUGUUAGUAUUUGGAGAAGUGGAAAAGCCAAAUCCACAAAAGCGGUCUGACAACAUGUUGGACACUAUUUGCAGAAUAGCGAUGGCUUUGUAGGGUUGACCCCCUGCUGUAUGCGAGGGUGAACAACAAAGGGAAGGAAUUCUUCUGUUUGUUAUUGAUGUAAGAAUGACACGCUAUCUGUGUUCACGUGCCUUUUUUAUAUAAAUGAUGUGCUGAACUAUAGAUCUGGAAGUCUGUCAUCCAAGGCCUUUUUAUAACUUGUUUAAGGCCGUGACCUUCUUUUGUGCUGCCAAACAAUUUUGUUAUCGUGACACUGCUGCCUCAUCUAAGUUUGUUGGGUGUGUUUCACAUUAUCUGUUAAGAACGUAAAGAUGUCUGAGUCAUGUUUGUAUAUUCAUUUAACUGUAAUUGGUGCAGAUGUUUUGCUACAAUAUGCGUCGUUUUCAUGAACACGUUUUUGACCUACUUCAUCAGAUUCAUACUUUGACCGCUGCUGGAUGGUGAGAAAUUAUUUGCUUAACUUGCUCAUGUAAAUAUCAAGUCAGUAUAUCGCAGAUUUCUUUGUCUUGAUGCCUUUAAUUUCUCUUUUUCUAUCUACAUUUGCGGGAUAAACUGGUUAUAUAUCAUGUUUAUAUAUAUCCAGAACUAAGUUGGAAUGAAAUGUCAGAUCUGUUUUCGUCGUGCGGUCCUCAGAAACAUGAUCCUGUGUUGUUUGAAAUGUUGGAAGAACCAUGUGACCAUAAAACUGUGUUUGUUUGGUUUCGUUGUGGUGCCUCUUUAUCCAGAUUCGGUUCACGAAACCUCUUUAAGACUAAAGUAAACCAAAAACCCUAAUGCCGACUAGUUAAUUCUUCAUUUUUUUACAAAGCUUGAUGCCAAAUUCAGGCUUUACUUUCCAGAUAGUCUUGUAUAACAUGAAGUAUACAAGAGCUUUUACAUCCAGAAUGAGUCCAUCAGGUGUUUGAGAGUUUAGUAUUAUUCUGAAAUUGUCUGUUUAUAUUUUUGCAAUAAAUCUGAUAAGAUUUAA